GGUGAGGUUAACCCGCGCCAGAGGCCGCGAGUGGAAGGUUAAUGUAUCGCUUGGCUCUUUUUCCUGCGCCCCCAUCCUCCUCGCCCCUUCUUACUCCCGUUUUGCGUGCCCAAGCCCCGGUUUCUCCCUCGCACUCCCCUCGACGUUAGGCGUCGUCCCCAAAUGAGGCACGAGGCUCUUGGAAGAUUCGGGACAACUGGAGUUGAUAAAGGUCCAAAAUCUGUCCAGAACUCCAGUAGUCCCCUGAGCUCCCCACCCGCGAAGAGAUUUUACUGGUGUGGUGCGAGUGCUGCGGGAAAAGUCGGACUGUCAGAUGCGCCGAGCUGAAGGGAUUCGCCGAGGUGGCCUGCGCGAUGGUUCGGGAAAGCAUACGAACCCUCGGCGCCAGGGCAGGUGCAGGGCUGAAGACACAGCGGGGACGUCCCCUUCUUUUGGACACCCAUUCAUCCAGCACACCUAAAGUGAGCAGCUGGGUCCCAAACCGGGACCCUACCCUCGCAAGCUUGCUGUCUGCAUAGGGAAACACUUUACACGAUGAGGACAAUUUGAGCAGUUUGGGCAUGAAGAAAAUAACUACGAUGCCGGCGUCGUGAUGGGAAGGGGAGGCGGCCCGCGUUACACAGGGCGGUCAGAGGCAGCCUUGCUGAUAUUUGAGCCAGGAUCUGAGUGAGGAGGGUGACCGGCCACCCACGCGUAGGACUAGGGCGGUGGCCAAGGGCCCCCGGGUUCCACGCGGAGCAGGGAGCCGCGCGCCUCCAGGGGUUAAGCUGCCUGCUGGCUGGGAAGUAGUCCCGGCCCAGCGCCCGGCCCCGCCCCUGCAGGGCGGAGGGACGCAUCACGCAGGGGUGGGGAAGGCGGAUCCGUGCGCAGGGUUGCUAAGGGUGAAACUUUUCAUUGACUUUGCUCACUUCGGGCCGGGGCGCGGGAAGGAGCGGGUUCUUGGUGGGGGGGAGCGAGUGGCUUGGGAAACGCGAGGCCAGAAGGGCAAGACCAAUUCGCCGGCCACAGCCCAGACCGUACUCCGCCCCGCGACACGAACCACCCUCGAGUCCGCCAUCCGCGGUUCGUCGCCGCCGGCCGGCCCGCCCGCCCUCCGUCCCUAGCCGCCGAGCCCGACCUCCAAAAAGCAGAAAGAAUUAUUGAGAAUCAUAACCCAUAAGCCCCCUCAAUCGUCCCCCAACCCUCAACGAAGAAAAAGACACCUUGGCCCCCGGCCGGGCGGCGCCCGGGAGAGAAGGGAGAGUGACCUCCGCCCCGCGCUCAGGACCACCCUGGAGGGAGAAGCCGCCCCGCGGCCGGCACACCGCCCCGCCACCGCGGAGACCCGAGUGAAGGCGUCUGAACCCCGAGGCUGCCCGCCUGACAUUCUCCGCCAUCGCCCUUGGCUUGUGCACGUGCCUGCGCUGAUUCUCUGCCGAAGACAGGACCAUGCAGCUGGAGAUCAAAGUGGCCCUGAAUUUCAUCAUCUCCUACCUGUACAACAAGCUGCCCCGGCGCCGGGCAGACCUGUUUGGUGAGGAGCUAGAGCGGCUCUUGAAAAAGAAAUAUGAAGGCCACUGGUACCCUGACAAGCCACUGAAGGGCUCUGGCUUCCGCUGUGUCCACAUUGGGGAGAUAGUGGACCCCGUGGUGGAGCUGGCCGCCAAGCGGAGUGGCCUGGCGGUGGAGGACGUGCGGGCCAACGUGCCCGAGGAGCUGAGCGUCUGGAUCGACCCUUUCGAGGUGUCCUACCAGAUUGGUGAGAAAGGGGCUGUGAAAGUGCUGUACCUGGAUGACAGCGAGGGCUGUGUGGCCCCAGAGCUGGACAAGGAGAUCAAGAGCAGCUUCAACCCUGACGCCCAGGUGUUCGUGCCCAUCGGCAGCCAGGACAGCUCCCUGUCCAACUCGCCGUCCCCAUCCUUUGGCCAGUCCCCCAGCCCCACCUUCAUCCCCCGCUCCGCCCAGCCCAUCACUUUCACCACUGCCUCCUUCGCCGCCACCAAGUUUGGCUCCACGAAAAUGAAGAAGGGGGGCGGGGCGGCAGGGGGCGGGGGGGUGGCCAGUGGGGGGGCAGGCGGCCCGCAGCCCCCGCAGCCCCCACAGCAGCAGCAGCAGCAGCAGCAGCAGCAGCCUCGCCUGGCCCGCUCCCCCACCCACAACCUGCUGAAGCAGAAGAGCCUCUCUCUGUCUCUCCAGUCCCUGAGCUUCCUUGCUACCAAGCCAGCCCCUCAGUCCCAGCUCUCGCCCAAUGCCAAGGAGUUCGUGUACAACGGCUCUCCUGGCCUCUUCUUUGAUGGGGCAGAGGGCCAGGGCAGUGGCACCGCAGCCCCGUUUGGGGGCAGUGGGGCUGGCCCCUGCAACAGCAGCAGCUUCGACAUGGCCCAGGUCUUUGGAGGUGGUGCCAACAGCCUCUUCCUGGAGAAGACGCCCUUCGUGGAAGGCCUCAGCUACAACCUUAACACCAUGCAGUAUCCCAGCCAGCCAUUCCAGCCCGUCGUGCUGGCCAACUGACCGCCCGCCUGCGCUCAGGGCCAGGAGCACCCAAGACCACAGAAAAGAGAAAGGAAAGGAAAGGCCAAAAAAAGAGGAAAAGAAAAAUUUUCAAAAAGAUUUCCACUCUUACUCUAACUUCUAGAAACAAGAUCCAGCCCAGGCAUGGAGUGGGCGGGGGCUCCUGAAGCACCGACCACCGUGUCUAACCCAGCCCCCUGCUGUUUUCCUGCCUGCCUUUGAUUUAUUUGGUUGGUUUGGGUUUUUUUGUUUGUUGGUUUUGUUUUCUUUUUUACAUGUAGUUUUCUAUAUAACAUCUUUAAUUAGUGGCUUCCUGUGCUAAGAAUGGUCCAGAUGUGAAUUGCUGCUCCCUCCCUCCCUCCCUCCUUCCCACGCCUGCUGUACGGUUGGUGUGUCCAAGCUCACAGGGAAGGAAGACCUGCAGCUGGGGCCUGGCCCUCCUCAGAACAGGGAGAGGCCGCCCGUGUCACUGCCUCCACGACCCCGCCAUCCUCUCUGCGCCAUCCAACCUCAGCAGGCCUCCUCCGGCCCUGCCACCCAAAUGGGCCUGACUCCAGCCCCCGCUUCCUCUCAGGCCUGGGCCCUAGGGAUCUGUCAGCUGGCCACCUGACACCCUCCCCUAGAGCUGAUUCUGUGCUCUGGCUGGUGUAAUCCCUUGCAUCUCUGUCCCCUGGCCCCACGCCACCAUCCCCACCUGGCCCAGAGCAUCACCGGGGCCCCGGAGUCCCAGCCGUUUGCACACACAGCUUCUCUGUGCAGCCCCUUCUUUCCUGGGCCUGAGUAGGGAGGGAGAGUAAGUGCGGGCGUGGCUUGCUGUCGUGUGUUAAAGGAUUCCAAGCCAUGUGGAUCCUCUCUGGAUGUGAUUCCGCGUUGCAGCAGGUGCUGUUUAUGUAUGAGGUUGGGGGAUGGGCUGGGGGUGGGUUGUCCCUCCUUUUGUAGGGUCCUUCACACGGUAGGGGGAGCCUGGCUGAGCCUAAGACACUCCCAGGGGAAGGCACUGCAGAAGGAACUGGUUUCCACACUGCCAAGGGAUCUGCACUUUUGUUUGUAUUUGACCAAAAAAAAAAAAAGUUGUCGUGCGGGGCUGCGGGAUACCCAGCCUCUGAUACCUAAGAGAAGCCCCUGGACCUGGACCCUCCCAUUGUGGGAGCUUAGCCCAGGGCAGGGGGUGGGAACUUUGGGUCAGUGCCUGUGGUUGGCAGUUCUAAGCCUUGACUUGAGACUUUGGUCUUUCAGCUGUAGAUGUUCUUUUAGUACAUUUCUUCCCCUGCCUGCUUAAGAACCUUCUGGUACCUCUUGCCACCCCAUCACUGCCCAGCCCAGCCCCACUAGGCCCUGAUGCUGUAAGGAGUGGUCUCCUGAGCAGGCUGGGCUGGACGGGUGCUUGGCCGGCACAGGUGGUGUGUUUGGAUUGUUGAAGAGCCUCGCUCCUCAUCUCUGCUGGAGAGAAGCUGUUUCUCCGACCCGACCCUAGUGGGCCAGCUUCAAUGCUAUGAUGCUUUGGCAGGUGGGGCCCAGUGCAUCAGGGCCCCCAUAACCAGGAAGUACCAAAGCACUUGGCACCCCACUUUCUCCUCCCCAGUGACCCCAAGUGGGCAACUGCUAUGGCAGUGGGUCCAGCCCAGACAGACACUGCCAGCCUCUUCUCCUUGCAGUGGGCACCAGCUCUACCUCCCUGAGCAGGGCAAUAACCCGGCUCCCCGGCCCAGCACCAUCUGUCCCCCUAGACUUCUCAGGGGCCAGCCCAGCCUGGGCCACCCUCUCCCUAGCCCUCAGCCCGCGCACAGGUGACAGGCCCAGGCUGCUCUCUGGGAAGGUUGGAUGUUGCCUUAUGCCCCCUUCCAGCCCCUCCUCCCACACUCAAACACACAGGCACCCGCCACGCCCUGGUCGGCUUGUUUCUCACCACAUACAGGGAGGGGGAGACCGACCCCUUAGUGUCUUUUGAAAUACAAAGAAAAAUGUGUGUUCAGGAGCAUGACUCCUGUGCUGGGACCUUGGGCCCACUUCAGUCUGUCUCAAACUUAGGUGUUUUUGCUUCAAUUUUAUUUUUUUUAAGAAAAACAAAAAUCUGCACUAAUUUACCUGGUUUCGUAGGAAAACUUUUUUUUUAUUUUUUACAUUUUUUGGUGUCCGUUUGUAUUGAAUAAUUUGCUACAUUUGUAAAAUGUAAGAGGUAUAUAUAAUAUAUGUAUAUUUCUAACGUAAAAAACGUAAUUUUUUUCUUUUCAAGAUUUUUUCUUAAAAAGAGGAGAGAAACAAAGAUAUUUUUUCAGGAAAAACAAACUUUAAAAUAAAAAAAGCGGAGAAUAAAGCCUACGUCUCCCCUUUCCCCAUCCUUUCUGUCUACCCUUCUUUCCCAGGAACAAACCACAAGGUGGAUCGUCUUGUAAAGAAUGUAAACUUUUAGUCCAGAAUGAUGCAUUUUUCUCAAUGCGGUGAGCUGUGGAUUCUCUGUCUAGUUUGACCCCUAGGGAUGGGCAGGGGGGCAUUGAGGCAACGUGACGAGGAGCUUGGGGGAGCAGGGUAAUGAACUCGUUUUCUUUAGUGAAGGAGGAAUACAAUCAAGCAUUUUGUAUUCAGAAUGUUGUGCAAUAUUUUGGAAUGAAGCAUUGGUGUGUUUAGAGAUUUAGUUUAAAAACAAAAAGAUCAAAUCUGUACAGUUUAUAUUGUUCCAGAUUUUUUUAAGUUUGUAUUAAAAGCAUGAUAUAUAAUAAC